CAUUUUCUGUAAAAAAAACCGCAGUUUAUCAACAAGAUAUUACUUUUUUAGUGAACAUUUUUAAAUUACAAUAGUAAUAAAAUAUAUUCUAAAAUAUCCAUAAUUAUUCAUUGUAAAAUUAAAUACUGUCAUAAUAUUAUCAUAUUGUUAUAAUAUUGAUAUAAUUAAAAAUUCUCAUAUUUAAAAUAGGUAAUAUUUACAAUGUGUGAUCAUAAACAUCAAUCGUAACUAAUAAUGUACUAUGGUAAAACAAGUGGUACCAAACUAUAAUUUGUGCUUGAAACAUAAUGAAUGAAAUGGAAGAACGAAAAUGGUUAAAAAAAAAAGACAAAGCAUUAUUGGAUGAUAAUUUUGAAAAUCUUUAUUAUGCUUGUAAAGAGUUAGCUGAUAUUUAUGUCAACCAGGGAGAUUAUCAACAAGCAUUAAGCCAGUAUGAACAGUGUGAAGAAGCUGCUAAUCGUUGUGGUGAUGAAAUACGUUUGGGUGUUGCAAAUCGAAUGAUUGGUGAAAUGUAUUGUUAUUUGAAUGAUUUUAAAAAUGCUAUUAAGCAUCAGAAACUUCAUCUUAAAAUUUCUAAUUCUAAAAAUGAUGUAGUCGAACAGCAAAGGGCAUUAGCCACAUUAGGUCGUACUUAUUUUUUACUCUCUGAAACAUUGGACUUUAAUUUGGAUAACAAAUCAGAAGUACUUAAUACAUCUGUUAAAUAUUACCUUAAAAGUCUAGAAGUAUGUAACAAACUAGGUAAAGAAGUUGGCACAAAGACUUUAUCUGAGAUGAAAGCAAGGCUGUAUCUUAACUUGAGUCUUUGUGAAGAGUCAUCUAAUGAAUUGAAUAAAUCAAUGGACUACAUAAAUAAAGCAAUGAAAUUAUGUUCUGAUGCAGAUUUGAACGAAGAACUAUGCAAGUGUUAUUCUAUAAAGAGUACUUUGUAUUCUAAGCAAGAAAAUUUUUCAAAAGCAAUUGCUUGUGUUGAUCAAGGUCUUCAAAUUGCAUCUAGACUUUCAAAUAAAAAGGAUAUCGGAACAGAACUUUUAUGCCUUAAAGCUGAACUUUUAAUAGACAUCAACGACUACCAGAGUGCCAAACGUGCAAUGAUAAAAGCAUACAAACUAAAAGUACCCAUAAAAAAUGAAUUUGAAGAAGUGAUAAAAAAAUUAAAAAUUAUUGUUCUUAUGUGUCAAGUUGAAGAUAGUUUACUAUUGGCAUCACAAAUGGAUUAUGAACAACGAAGACAAUUAAAUGAAAAACUGGGAGAUGCUUGUGUAGCACUGAAAAAAUAUUCUAAAGCAAUUACUUAUUAUGAGAAAAUGUUAGAAAAUUCUGAACGUUGUGGUAUGACUGACAAAAGUUUAAUACCUUGUUAUGUUUCAUUAGCGCAAACAUACAAAGAUAAUAAACAAUACUACCAAGCAUUAGAAUAUUUUUAUAAAGAAUUGAAUAUUUACAGUGAAAAUAGUAUUGAAGCUUGUAAAACUUUAUUGAAUAUUGCUGAUCUAAUGGAAUCUCAGUAUGAUCCAUUUGAUAAAAUUUGGUCAAUAUAUGAAAGAGCUAAAUGUAUUGCAAGAAAAAAUAAUGAUGGACACUUACAGUUAGCUGCAGUGAAAGGAAUGAAAUGUUUAGCUGAGGACAGGAAUCAACCAGAAUUAGUCAAUGACUUGAGAAGUGAACUCAACAGUUUGUCAAAGUAUGAAACUGAAUCAGUUGAAGACGAGUAUGAUAUUCCAGAUAUUUGGGAUGAUAUAUCACUAAAAGACUUUUCAGAUAUCGAUGAUGAAGAAGAUGAUAAAAAAAGAAAAAGGCAAAAACAAACUACAAUACCAGAAAAGAAAAAUGAAAAGGGAGAAACUCCUAUCAUUCCUGAUUGUGCGAAGGGUAAUGUUAAAUUAGUAUUAGGCUUAUUAAAACAAGGUCAUUCAGUAAAUGCAGGUGAUGCGUUGGGGUGGACUGCUUUACACGAAGCUAGUAAUUAUGGACAUGUUGAUAUUGUUAAUGUCCUCUUAGAUCAUGGUGCUGACAUUAAUAACCGUGGUGGACCUUGUUGUGAAGGUAUUACACCUUUGCAUGAUGCUGCAGCAUGUGGUCACCUAGAAGUUAUAGAUUGUCUUUUAGAUAGAGGUGCAAAUCCUUUGGUUAGGACAAAUAAAGGAGAGACACCACUUGAUUCGCUGAUAGCUUGUCGUAACAGAGUGAUUUUAGAGGAAAAAAAGGAGUUGGAUUCAGACAAACUGGCUCAUUUUUGGUCAAUUGUUGAACGUCUUAGCGAAUGUUUACGGAAAGCUGGUCACACUCCACCGGUACCUUUGACUGAUGUAGACGAAAUAUUAAAGAAUGGACAACUACCCACAGAUAACUACUUAGGAGUUAUACCUGAUAAUCAUAAGAGAUCAAGAAAAUCCUAUGCUGAUGUUGAAGAUUUUGACAGAUUAGAGAGAAAAGAAAAAAAUAUUGAAGUUGAAGAUGUGUUUAUAUCUGGUGCUGCAGAAGACUAUAAACAAACCAUUAGUCAGUUAAAAAAUCACAGCAAGAGACGGCGAGAAAGUGAAAAUAUACAGUAUGAAAUAUCACAGCCGCCAUUGGUUGAAAAUGCAGCCGAUGAAUGGUUAGAAGAAGAUAUAAUUAUUAAGCCAAAAAAAAGACAUUGUACUGAUAUAAUUAAGAACAAUUAUUCACCGAUUAAAGAAUUCAAUUUUGAAGAUAACAAUUGGCUUAUUGAUGAAAAAUUACCUGAUAUUUCUUCGGAUGUUGAGUCAAACAAAGAAGUACAAAGUUUCUUCCCAGCUUCUGAUGAAGAUUCUGAUGAUAUUGUUAUUUCAGAUCAACAAAAAAAUUUAGUUAAAAAUAAGUAUAAGCCUCUAAUGCUAUCCACAAGUAAAAAAAAACAUCAAAGUAAAUUAGAUCAUCAAGGAUUUAUAAAUAUAAAAAGUAUUUCACCGGAAAUUGAUGAAGCAGCUCCAAUAUUCCAACCUGUGAAGAGAGAUGAAAAUGUGAGAAAUAUUAAUCGUACAAUAAAAGUACGUGUCAAGGAUAGAUUAUUUCUUGUACCAAUACCUGUAAGUGAAGAAAACAUUAAUUUAAAAUGGCUGUCCACUGAAGUUUCAAGGCGUUAUCAAAAACUUGAAAGUGUGAAUCCUAUUUUAAAUUUAACUACAGAUGAUGGAGCUUUAUUGGAUGAAAAUGAUCCUAUUGAUUUAGUAUAUGGGUUACAAGAAGUUUUGGGUAAUAUCAUUGGAUGGAGUACAGAAACUCUGAUUGAAACUUAUAAAAAAUUGUGUGUGGAAUCAAAUACUACCUUUGAUGAAUCAAUAUCUCAGUUUUUAGAUGUUCUACAGGCAACUGGAACUUUGGACAUGUCAGAUUAUAUAAUGAUGCCUAAUAUUUUGAACAUAACGCUGAACGUGUCAUGUCAUUAUCAUAAUUUACAACUAUUAUGCUUGUCUGGUGUGGCUCUUGAAGACAAUGGAAUGAAAAUGUUAUCAGAAUACAUGUCUAAUCUACAGCAGUUAAUCAAAGUAGACGUAAGUUGCAACAAUGUUAGUUCUAUAGGUAUAGGUUAUUGGACAACAUCAAUAACUAAUAAUAAAUGUCUAAUGAAUCUAGAAUCUUUGAAUAUUAGUCAUAAUCCUAUUACUAACGCAGGUCUAGCACAUCUCCGUUUAAUUACUCAGCAUUCUACUAGUCUACGAUCUCUGUACCUUCGAGAUAUAGAUAUCAACCAUGAUUGUUAUGAUUAUGCAUCUGAGUUAUACUUAGAUAAUAUUGAAGACCUAGACUUGAGUUUUAACAUGUUAGGAAGAACUGGAGUUUCCGGAUUCUUCAUACGACUGGACCCAAUGCGUUUGAAAUAUUUAAAUGUACGUAAUACAGGUUCAUCAAUGGUGUUGAGAGAAUGCACACUGUUUUUAGAGCGUAGUCAAGCAGAUUGCCUUCAUUCAAUAGAUUUAUCUAGUCUUGAUCUUGAAGAUGAAGACGUAGAUUUAUUGUGUAAUUGUUUGGAAUCUGCUGGAAAUUUACAGAAUUUGUGGCUAGCUGACAAUCCAAAAGUCACGCAAAUGUGUAUAGACAGAAUCAAACAUUUAAGUGUCAAAUUUGUCUAUAUGGCUGGCUGUAAACCAGUUGAUAUAUCUCAAUUUGACACUAUUGAUUUAGAACAAAUGUCUAUAUCUGGAUAUGGUGAUUCAACUUUAUUUAAAAAUGCUCCUUACAAUGUAAAAGUAUCGCUGUGAUUAAACAUAACUUUUAUUAAUUAUUUAUAACUUAUUUUUGUUAAAAAUAUAUUAGAACUUAAGCUGUGUA